CAUUCCCUGAUAAAGGUUUGUAUCUUUUGUCAUUUUGCAGAUAUUUUGCAAGAAUACCUGCCGUUAUGUAGCCCUCGCUUGCUGGAGAAAGGAACCGACGGAUACUGGUAUAACGGAAAGUGGAAUUUACUCAGGUGUCGCUUAAACGAAUACCUGCCGACAUUGUCAACUUACAAAUGCCUCCGGCACAAAACCUUCUUUAUAGUUGGUGAUUCAACUGCAAGGCAGUACUAUGCGUUUCUUAUAAAGCUUGUACAGGAUAUUAAUGUACAACUCCCAGACGCAAUAAGAGAAUGGGAAAAAAUCCACAAAAGCAUUAAUAUACAAUUUCAUUUCCAUACGUUCCCAAGAAAUACAAGAACACCUCUUCAAAUGAGCGAUAUUAAGUACACUGCUGAUCUGAUCGAUAGUAUUGUUGGUGGGCCUGAUGUAGUUAUUAUUCUUAGUCUGUGGGCUCAUUAUUCUGCAGUACCAUCAGAAACCUUCCUAUCACGAGUUUAUGGAAUUCGCCAUGCCAUUGAACGUUUACAUAGUCGAUCUCCGGACACAAAAGUAGUCUGGCGAACAGGCAACACCCGUAAGCACAUGACGGUUGCUCAUGUUAUAGAGAACGGUAAUUGGGUUGCAUAUCAAAACCUGCUGGGCGCCAGGCAAAUUUUACAAGGUCUCGAUAUUUUUUUCAUGGAUGUUUGGGAUAUGUCUGUGUGUGAAGAUGUUUACAAGCUACACCCUGGACCAAACGUUAUCAAGAACCACAUAGAUCUGAUAUUGAACUAUGUCUGCCAAGAACCAUAAAGGCUGUCUAAAGACGGGGCCUUUUUUUGUAAUAAUUACCUCAAUGAAAAAAUGGAGGUAUUGUUUUUGGCGUGUCUGUCUGUGUGUGUGUGUGUGUGUGUGUGU